AUGUCUAAUAAAUGGGGAUGUCCAAAGUGUACAAUUUCUGAAUUUUUUGUUGAGGUUCCAGAAGAUGAUGGAAAGCCAAAGUUUUGGAAUUCAUCAGAUAAAGAAAUGACAUGCACCUUCUGUUUAAAAAAAAAUGAAAAUUCUUUUGAAAAUUUAGAACAAGAAAAAAAAAUUCAUCUUCUUGCUUGUUUAAAUGCUCCUAGUGAUUUAAGGCAAGAGCUUCAAGGAGGAAAACUUCUUAAUACUGCUGCAAAUAAGCUUCAAACCAAGACUAUAAAAACUUUACAAAGUGCAAAAGCUAUUACUCUUACAUUCAAUGAAGAAGGUAAAGUAAUAAUAUAUGAUGCAAGAAAUAUUUCAAGUGAACAUAGCUCCAUGGAGGCUACAAUAAAAUUGGUAAAGGAUUUAUUAAUAGAAGAUGAAUUAAAAGAUGUUAAGAUUAUUGCAGUUGUCAUAGAUUCAUCAAGUGGAUAUGCUGCUGCAUGUCGCAAAUUAAGAAAAGAAUUAUCAACAAUAAUUUGGCUAUCUUGCUUUGCUUAUCAAGCAAAUCUUUGUAUUGUUGAUAUUUUCAAGUUAUCGCAAUCUUUUUUUACUACAAUUAAGCAAGCCAUAGAUACACCACUUCAGUUUUGGAAAUAUGUUGAAGAAGAAGCACCUGAACUUGCAUUUAUUAGUAAACGAUUAUUUUCAAUUGUAGUUAAUUUAGCAAAAAAUAUAAAAAAAUUAGAUUCAAAGAAACUCAAUAGCAUGCAAAUAUAUGCACAAAAAAAAAGUUCAAUUAAUAAUAUGAAUAUGAAUAAUGAAGUAUCAGUUAAUGUGGAGUCUAGUACAAAUCAAAUGAUCAAAGAAACUGAUAGUUCUGAUGAAAAAAUAGAAUCUGAGCUUAUUUUAAAUAAAUUAGAUUACGAUGAAGUAUACGAAGCAGAAGACUACGAUUUAGAUAAUACUGAAAUUUUACACCUGGCAGAAGACCCUCAAGCAAAAUGGAAUCUAAAUACUCUUUUUUCAUUAACUUUGUCGAAUUUGUCAAGCAUUGAACUAUAA